GGGACGAGAUGUAGUAGGAAACUUGGUUUCUAUGAAAUUUAGUAAUAUUUACAAAAUAACAUAAAGAAACUUCACAAUCCCUCUUAAGUUAAGAGUCUGCCCCAAGGAUUUUUAGAUUUAUUUCAGUUUAUUGAAGGGCAUCUACACUCACUAUUCUGACACUUUUGUAAAGAUGUGUGAGGCAGUUAGUUAGCAAGCUAGCUAGCUAAGGCGGCAGGAGGAGAACAAAAGAUUUUUUCAGUUUUGACCGGUUGCACUGACACCAAGUCCAUGCAGAACGUGUCAUCACCAACACAAUGCCCGUGUUACUUUUUCUGAUAGACACGUCCGCGUCAAUGAACCAGCGCACCCAUCUGGGCACUACCUAUCUGGACAUUGCAAAAGGCGCUGUUGAGACUUUCAUGAAGCUUAGAGGCAGAGAUCCGGCGAGCCGAGGGGACCGGUAUAUGUUGAUAAAUUUUGAGGACGUUCCCCUCGGAAUCAAGGCUGGAUGGAAAGAGAGCCAUGCCACAUUCAUGACGGAGUUGAGGAACCUUCAAGCAGCAGGACUCACAACUAUUGGCCAGUCUUUGAGGACCGCUUUUGAUUUGCUCAAUCUCAAUAGAUUAGUGUCUGGGAUAGACAACUAUGGACAGGGCAGGAAUCCCUUUUUCCUGGAGCCGUCCAUCAUAGUGGCCAUCACCGACGGCAACAAGCUGACCAGCAGUGGCGGAGUCCAGGAUGAGCUCCACCUUCCCCUGACCACUCCUCUGCCGGGCAGUGAGCUGACCAAGGAGCCGUUCCGCUGGGACCAGCGUCUGUUCUCCCUGGUGCUGAGGAUCCCUGGGCACGCCACUGUAGAGCCUGAACCACUGGGGGGGGUCCCCCCCGACGACUCGGCCAUCACCCCCAUGUGUGAGGUCACCGGAGGUCGCUCCUACAGUGUGUUCUCCCAGCGCAUGUUGAACCAGUGUCUGGAGUCUCUACUGCAGAAGAUCCAGAGUGGAGUGGUCAUCAACUUUGAGAAGACAGGCCCUGACCCCCCUCCUGGAGAGGAUGAGAUCCUGAAGCCCGGCCUCCAGUCCUGGCACUGCUGCCACAAGCUGAUCUACGUACGACCCAACCCCAAGACUGGUGUGCCCAUCGGACACUGGCCCAUUCCUGAAGCCUUCUGGCCCGACACUAACUCCCCCACACUGCCCCCCCGCUCAGCCCACCCCCACGUGCGUUUCUCCUGCCUGGAUGCAGAGCCCAUGGUGAUAGACAAGGUUCCCUUUGACAAGUACGAGCUGGAGCCUUCACCCCUCACACAAUACAUCCUGGAGAGGAAGUCCCCUCACACCUGCUGGCAGGUGUAUGUAAGUAACAGUGCCAAGUACAGUGAUCUGGGCCAGCCCUUUGGCUACCUGAAGGCCAGCACGGCUCUCAACUGUGUCAACCUGUUCGUCAUGCCCUACAACUACCCUGUUGUACUGCCUCUACUGGAUGACUUGAUCCGGGUGCACAAGUUCAAGCCCACCAUUAAAUGGCGUCAGUCCUUUGAGAACUACCUGAAGACCAUGCCUCCGUAUUACAUUGGGUCCCUCCGGAAGGCGCUAAGGAUCAUGGGAGCUCCCAACCUCCUGGCUGACAACAUGGAGUAUGGUCUGAGUUACAGUGUAGUGUCCUACCUCAAGAAGCUCAGCCAGCAGACCAAGAUCGAAUACGAGCGGCUGAUAGCGUCUGUAGCUAAGAAGGUGGUAGCGGAGGGUGGCAUCAAGGUGCGUGCCCGAGGUGGGGACAUCUCCCUGGCCCAGCGCAGAGACUUCACUCAGCUUCUGGCCAGCAUCACAGGAGAGACGCCCGCCCUUCCCCUGGAGCUCAACCCUAAAGAGUUCUCUGGCUUUCAGCUGGCGCCGCUCAACAAGAGUCUGAAACCUCAGGGUUUCAGGAACGCCUACGACAUACCCAGAAUGCAUCUGCUGGAUCAGCUGAGCCGCAUGAGGAGGAACCUGCUCAGCACCAGCUGUCUGCUCCGAGGACAGGACACAGACCAGCUCCACAGCGUGCCCAUCGCCCAGAUGGGCAACUACCAGGACUUCCUCAAGGCCCUUCCCCAACCCCUCAGAGACGCAGACCCUGAGCAACCCAAACGCCUGCACACCUUCGGAAACCCCUUCAAACUGGACAAGAAGGGGAUGAUGAUUGACGAGGCGGAUGAGUUUGUGACGGGUCCCCAGAACAAGGGCAAGCGCCCGGGGAGUGACACCAACAUGCACGGGGUCGGAGGCGGGGGCCCUAAGAGACGGAGGUGCAUGUCCCCCCUACUGCGCCCCGGCAGGACCUAUACACCCCCUGUCAGCCCUGCAGCCAGCCCCUCCAGAUCCCCCCUCACUGAGAGCGACCACACUGAGUCAGACUCAGAGGCUGUGUUUGGGAACCUCUACAGCCCUGAGGGGUGCGAGACCGGGACAGCAGCCCAACCAGGACCAGGAGAGAUCCUCUCUGGACCCCUUCUAGACGGCCCCGGACCAGGGAACCACAUGGAGGAUGAUGGUGAUGGGGACACUGAGGAGGAGAACGGGCUUCCCAGAGAGGUGGAGCUCUCCGAGGGCAGUGAGGACGGAGGAGAGACUGGGGGUGUGGAGGAGGAGCGUCUGCCCCGGUACCCCUCCCCCGGGGAACUGAAGAAGGUGAUGAACAGCGAGAGUCUGGAGGUCAACACCGAACUACGAGCCCUCAUCACCAAGGAGAUACGGAAACCAGGGAGACACUAUGAAAAAAUCUUCCAUUUCCUGAAGCAGAUCCAAGGAAGCUUUGACACACGGUUGAUAUUCCUCCAGAACAUUAUAAAAGAGGCUGCAAGGUUUAAGAAGCGGGUGCUGAUAGAACAGCUGGAGAACUUUCUAGAAGAGAUCCACAACAGGGCCAACAAUAUGAACCACCUGGACGGGUUCUAAUGGACACGUCUACCCCUUCACCCCCCGACCCUUCACCCCCCUCCACCCCCCUCAGCCCUCACACCUCCACCCCCCUCAGCC